AUGUGUGACUACUGUGCGCUACACUCGAGUUGCUAUCACUUGACUGCUAGUGUCGGUGAGCGUCGGCAGGAAACCAGAGAGUGCCGCACAAAAGGCCGCAAAUUAUUAUUCAAAGUGAUGCUAAACACAAGUAUCGCUAUUAUUAUCAUGACAUCAAUGGGACAACUGAUCAUUAGGUCCUCAAUACCUCACACAUUACGUACACUCACACUCUCGAUGACUGAUAGACAGGCAGACAGACAACUUUUUGGGACAAAGUGUUCGGGUUGUUCACAGGGCAUACUGCCCACGGAUCUGGUACGCCGGGCCCGCAAUAAAGUAUUUCACCUAAAAUGCUUCACUUGUCUCGUCUGUCGAAAACAAUUAUCGACCGGAGAAGAGCUUUAUAUACUCGACGAGAAUAGGUUUGUUUGCAAAGAAGACUACAUGACGAGUAGGCAUAAUCAAGACAUAAUCGAUGAAUCGGUCGCAGACUGUGAUCAGAAGAUGAGAGCCUUAGAAAACAGACGCUUCAAUGCAUACAACGUUUUGCACAUUAUUAUAUAA